AUGGCGGCGAGUCAGGGAGGUGGUGGUAACAGUGGGGGCGGCGGUUGUGGUGGAGGUGGAAGUAGCGGUGGCGGUGGUGGGGCCGGAGGGGGAGGUGGCGGAGCCGGAGUGGGAGGCGGCGGCGGCGGCGGCGGGACCCUGGUGGUGCCCAUCCCGGUACCGACUCUUUUCGGUCAGCCGUUCCCCAACGGGCCGCAGUGGAACCCGGGGAGCCUGCAGCCUCAACACACCGUGAGGAGCCUGGACCGGGCCCUGGAGGAGGCGGGCAACUCCGGCAUCCUGAGCCUCAGCGGUAGGAAGCUCCGAGACUUCCCGGGCAGCGGCUACGACCUGACGGACACCACCCAAGCAGAUCUUUCAAGAAAUCGUUUUACAGAAAUUCCUUCUGAGGUCUGGUUAUUUGCACCUCUUGAAACAUUAAAUUUAUAUCAUAAUUGCAUCAAAAUCAUUCCUGAAGCCAUUAAAAACCUUCAGAUGUUAACAUACCUUAACAUUAGUCGAAAUCUUUUAUCAACAUUGCCAAAAUACCUAUUCGAUCUUCCCCUUAAAGUUUUGGUCCUCAGUAAUAAUAAACUGGUAUCCAUUCCAGAAGAAAUCGGGAAGUUAAAAGAUUUAAUGGAAUUGGAUAUUAGCUGCAAUGAGAUUCAGGUUCUUCCCCAACAAAUGGGAAAAUUACAGUCACUUAGAGAGCUAAAUAUAAGAAGAAAUAAUCUUCAAGCAUUACCAGAUGAAUUAGGAGAUCUUCCCUUAGUCAAGCUGGAUUUCUCUUGUAAUAAAGUGACCGAAAUUCCAGUUUGUUACAGGAAGCUGCAUCAUUUACAAGUAAUAAUUUUGGAUAACAAUCCUUUGCAAGUACCACCAGCACAGAUAUGUUUAAAAGGUAAAGUACACAUAUUUAAAUACUUAAAUAUCCAAGCAUGUUGCAGAAUGGAUAAGAAACCAGAUUCUCUGGAUCUUCCAUCAUUGAGUAAAAGAAUGCCCUCCCAGCCUCUCACAGACAGUAUGGAAGAUUUUUAUCCAAAUAAAAAUCAUGGUCCUGACUCUGGAAUUGGAAGUGAUAAUGGAGAGAAACGAUUGUCUACAACAGAACCAUCAGAUGACGACACAAUUAGCCUUCAUUCUCAAGUGUCAGAAUCAAAUAGAGAGCAGACAUCCAGAAAUGACAGUCACUCAGUAGGAAGUAAACCUGAUUCUCAAAAAGACCAGGAGGUGUAUGAUUUUGCUGACACCAACACAGAUGAUGUAGUAGUUCCUGAACGAGGAGAUGCACAUAUUGGAUCAUUUGUUGCUUUCCUUAAGGGAAAAGAGAAAGGUCCUGAAAAAUCUCAGAAAAAUGAAGAAUUGGGAGAUGAAAAAAGACUUGGGAAAGAACAAUUACUUGCUGAGGAAGAGGAUGAUGGUUUGAAGGAAGUAACUCAUUUGAGGAAAAUAGCUGUUCAGUUAUUGCAGCAAGAGCAGAAGAACAGGAUUCUUAAUCAUUCAACUUAUGUCAUAAGAAACAAGCCAAAACAAACUAUGGAAUGCGAAAAGAGUGUCUCAGCAGAUGAAGUUAAUUCACCCCUCAUAUGGCAGACCUUAGAAAAUCAAAAGGAUCAAACAGAUGAGCAGCAAUGGCCAGAAUCUCACCCUAUAAUCUGGCAGAGUGAAGAAAGGAGGAGGAGCAAACAAAUUAGAAAAGAAUAUUUCAAGUAUAAAUCAUCAAGGAAGAGUUCAAGUGGCAAUGAAAACAAUGAGCAAGGCAGUGAUAAUGCUAAUAUGUCACCACAAUCGCCAGUAUCAUCUGAGGAGUAUGAUAGAACUGAUGUUUUUUCACAUGGUCCCUUUGGCUUGAAGCCUAGAUCAGCUUUCAGCCGCUCAUCUCGCCAGGAAUAUGGGGCAGCAGAUCCAGGUUUUACAAUGAGAAGAAAGAUGGAACAUCUACGGGAAGAGCGAGAGCAAAUACGACAGCUUCGCAAUAAUCUUGAAUCCAGGUUAAAAGUAAUUUUGCCUGAUGACAUAGGAGCUGCACUGAUGGAUGGGGUUGUUCUUUGCCAUUUAGCCAAUCAUAUAAGGCCACGCUCUGUAGCUAGUAUUCAUGUGCCAUCACCAGCAGUGCCUAAACUUAGCAUGGCGAAAUGUCGAAGAAAUGUAGAAAAUUUUCUCGAUGCUUGUAAAAAGUUGGGUGUCUCACAGGAAAGACUCUGUUUGCCUCAUCAUAUUUUGGAAGAAAGAGGUCUUGUGAAAGUUGGUGUCACAGUUCAGGCUCUUCUUGAAUUACCUACAACCAAGGCAUCUCAGCUUUCUACGGCUUGA